GCCGGCUGCGACGCUAUUUUGCUCCGAAGUCUUUGAAAGGGUCGGACGUGAGGAUUGGGACCGGCGCCCCACCAACGAACUGAGGCCCAGGCGGCGUCCGGCCCCGGUCCGCUCCUGCUCGUCUGUUUUCCCAGGCCAUGGGCUCUUGCCCGCGGCCACUUCACUGAUUCCCGGCGCUUAGCCCUUACCAUGAACCCGGCGGCAAUGCCUCCGCUGCUGACCUGCGGCCUGUCUGAUCCCAACCCCGUCACCCUGGCGCUGCGGAAUGACUUGGGCUCCAACAUCAACCACCUCAAGACCCUCAACCUCCGCUUCCGCUGCUUCCUGGCCAAGGUCCAUGAGCUGGAGCGGCGCAACAAGCUACUGGAGAAGCAGCUGCAGGCGGCCCAGGGGCUGCGGAGGAACCGGCUGGGCCGCACCCGGGCUGUAGCCACCCAGACGCUGCUGGAUUGCUACAGUUACUCGGUCGGCGGUUACAAUUAUACGCCCGGUUCCACAUACACACCCGCUGCAGGCUUCUCUCCCGGUACCGGCUCCGGCUACACACCCGGUGCCGGUUUCUCUCCCGGUACUGGCUCCGGCUACACACCCGGUGCCGGUUUUUCUCCCGGUACCGGCUCCGGCUACACACCCGGUGCCGGUUUCUCUCCCGGUACCGGCUCCGGCUACACACCCGGUGCCGGUUUCUCACCCGGUACCGGCUCCGGCUACACACCCGGUGCCGGUUUUUCUCCCGGUACCGGCUCCGGCUACACACCCGGUGCCGGUUUCUCUCCCGGUACCGGCUCCGGUUACACACCCGGUGCCGCCUCCAGUUCCACUUAUACAUCCGGUACCGUCUCGGCUUACACCCGCGACUCGGGGUCGCUGCCUUAUCACCAUUACCCGAGCCGCCUCCCCGGAACCAUUUGGAGCUUCACUCACAUCAGAAAGGUGGGAGGCGGCCUGGAGACGGUGCAGGGACCCGGGGUGUCUUGGACCCACCCGGACGGCGUCGGCGUUCAGAUCGACACCAUCACCCCCGAGCUGCGGGCCCUGUACAACGUGCUAGCCAAAGUGAAGAGGGAGCGGGAUGAGUACAAGAAAAAGUGGGAACAAGAAUUCACUCUUAGACAGCAUCUACAGGAAAUUGUGGCUGCACUGCAGGUGGAUUCUCAGGAAGCUGAGGCUAUUCAGAAGGAACUCAAUGAGAAGGUGGAAAAAUUGAAGUCAGAGCUAGUUGUGUUUAAGGGGCUGAUGAGUGAUGUAAGUACUUUACAGCAAAUGUCUGACUUGGAUACCAAGAUUCAAGAGAAAGCUAUGAAAGUAGAUAUGGAUAUCUGCCGGAGGAUUGAUAUCACUGCCAAGCUCUGUGACGUGGCACAGCAGCGAAACUCUGAGGACAUGAGCAAAAUGUUCCAGGUGACAACUGUCAGCAAAAAGAAAGAAAAAAAGCCAACAUGUGAUGAUGAGAGCUCAGAAACUGAUGGCGAUACCACACGACACUCUGAUGAUGAUGUUAGCACAUCUCUCAAUAUUACUGAUGAAAUGAAGCGAAUGCUCAAUCAACUUCGAGAGACAUUUGACUUUGAGGAUGACUGUGACAGUUUGAGCUGGGAAGAAAAUGAAGAAACUCUACUGCUUUGGGAAGAUUUUGCUGAGUACACAACCAUUGUGGAGCCACCAACUGAGGAUACCUGGAUGGCACAAUGUGUGGAGAUUACAGAUGAAACUUUGGAAACAGUUAUUAAAGAAACUGAAUCGCUCUUCAAAACUAGAGAAAAGGAGUAUCAGGAAACCAUUGACCAAAUAGAGCUGGAGUUGACCAGUGCCAAAAGCGAUAUGAACCGCCACCUCCAUGAAUACAUGGAAAUGUGCAGCAUGAAGCGUGGCCUCGAUGUGCAAAUGGAAACCUGUCGGCGGCUCAUUAAACAAUCAGGAGGGAGAAAAUCUCCAUCAUUCAGUUCUGCAGCAAGUAGUGACUCAGGGAACACAGAUGAAAUCACUGAUGAAUUUGAACGAGACGGUGAAGGUGAUAGUUCUGUGAGCUGAUGAACUGAUACCUAUAAAAUGGACUCUGCCUGUACCUACAGCAAUUGCCCUUAACCCUAUUUUUUCUAGGGUGCCAGAGGGCUUUGUUCAUGUACAUAUUGUCAAGCCCUCAGCAUUGGUGUUGUACAGAACAGUACCAUCAGAUGAAAUUGUCAAAACAUUGAGGAUUUUUCACCUGGUGCAGAAACCCACCAUGAUGUUGACUACUAUGCAAGCAGCUUGCCUUACAAAUCAAGAGCCUUCACCUCCCUGGAGGAGACUAACACUGCAGCAUCUUUGAAAGAGAAACAAAAAUUAUAUCUUCUGAAAUAUGUAUGGUAGCUGUUAAUGAUUAUAAAAUGGGAUAAUAGAAUGGUUUAUUUACUAAGUGUGUUCAUGUUAUUUAUUUGACGGGAUCACUGGCCAUUCUGGGUUUCUACAGGUCUUUAAUGUAAACAAUUUGAAUCUGAUUAAACUGCUGUAAGUAAAUAAGCAAUCGCUGAAACAGUUUGAGCUGUUUGGCAUGGUGUAUUCAUUCUGCACUGAAAGUUAUGAACGUAAAACUUGAUUGAUUUCAUUCUCUAAACUGAAGUUGCUGUAGGGCUGGAUUAUUGUGACCUGUACAGAAUCAUUAUUUCACUGGGCUGUAUUCAAUAUCUUUAAUACUGCCAGUGUUGUAUGUGGGUGUAAGUUAUUCUAAAAUCCAUGUAGGAUGCUCUUCAUUUCUGAAAAGUUGGAUUACAUUUAUAAUUUGAAAACUGGAUUUUCCAAUCGCUAAACCAUUACUUACACCAAACAUAAACUUUGGACAACCAUAGUUGAUCAGGACCAUCUUGACUUUAACCUUUUUUCUGAAUUGUUGAGCUUAAUAUCUACACAGUGGCCCUAGAAAGAAUCUAGAUGGAGUCUGCCUAGAGGUUGUGCAGAAUGGAAAUACAUGGCAGUGAAUGAUUCGCUGACUAUGAAUAAUGGACUUUGGUGCUUCUGUUAUGUAAAUUUUGCAUAUAACAUCAAUUAUAAUCCUUAGAAUCCUUCUGCAAAUAAUUUUAAAACAAAGCAUACCUCAAAGUCCUGAUCAAAAGGAAAUGUUAUUUAUGAAAUACAAUAAUUUUUAGAAGUGUUCUAAUAAAUUAACCAGCUGCAACUUCAUAUGGAAUGUUGCUUCAGUGAUAGUACUUCUGGAUGUGAAAGAUCCAGACCAGGUAACCCCACAGACACCUGAGCUUAUAAGCUUUUGUGUCUCGAGCAGGAUAUUCCAGUCACAGCACCCCUAUUCCGUCCACAAAUGGUGUGGCUUGGUACAAAAAAUGUUGUUUGCAGUCUUUUGCCCUUUAUUAGUUUAGCAUGUAUGAAUUCAAUUUUUAUUUGAUUGUUUGAGACUGCAUACAAUCCCUGUGAUAUAUCCAUGUUAAAAUAAUGGGCCUUCCAUAUUGUCAGUAUUGAAAUCUGACCAUAGUGUAGAAAGUCACCAUCAGUAAUGCACUGGUUUGGAAAUGUUGACGUAAAACUGGUGUUCUUAACCUUCAAAAUAAUUGUGCACAGUUGAUUUUUUAAGUGCCCUCCACCUUCUAGUUUGACAAUUAUAUAUUUUCUCAUUCUUUAGCAUAUCAAUUUUGUAAGCUUCAUCCCAGCUAAUUUUAAGCUGGAGUUCAUCUGGAUUAUUUCAGCAGCUUGAUAACUCAGCCUCUGAUUAUUUUUUGCCUUAGUUUUGUGGUAAUGUACCAUCUUCACAUUAUUAGCAGUCCAGUUAAACAAUUUGAGUGGGUGAAGUUCUGGGAAUGUAGAUUCUAUUUUUGUACAUAAUCAAAUACUUGUCUGUUGAAAGCUAUACAAUCCCGCAAACUUAACAUGGGUGCAUCUUUCAAAUAACUGAAAACUUCCACUCUCUCAAAAUUGUUUUAAUGACAAUAUGUAUUUGUAUAGGACUGAGGGUAUACUAUCCUGUCACCUGAACAUUCUGCUUCAAAUGUCAUGAUUGAGUAUCUCAGGCCAUAAUAAAUGGUGGUUUUAAUCGGGUAAAAAUGACACUAAUGCAACAGCUAAUGCUCCAAUUGGAGGAACCUACAAAUAAAAGGACAAUUUGUCUGGUUCAGCAGAAAGAACUUUAGUUUUGCAGUUUCCCAAGGAAUAAUGGCAAUGCUCAUGCAAAAAUUAAAAAGUUUUAAAUCCAUCAUCUUGGCACUGACUAAAAUUUGUAAAAAUGGAUGUUAUAAUUUGGUCCAACAAGCCUGUUCCUUGUAUUAAAUGUUGUGGUAGCUAGAAUUAUUAAAUUUACCCUUUUUGUUGUGCAAGUAUUUACAUUUGAUGUAUCAUUAAACUGAAGAGAUCUGGAGAAAGACUUUCAUACUCUAAAACUAAAGUAAUUACACUAAGGUAUUGCACAGAUAUUCCUAUAAGUAAAUCAAACAGCUGUAUUGUUUUUUUUUCCCCCAAGAAUGGACUGUGAUUUGGCAAACUGAACAGAAGUACUUAACUCCUUGACUUCUAAAUAUUACUAUUUCUGCAUAAUAAGAGCAAGUUACUUAAAUUCUUAAUUCAUAUCCGUAUAUUUCAGUACAUGGAUGGAAUCAUUUUGAAACAUUUCAUCUCCUUCAUCCAUACCUUCCUGGCCUUUUUGCAUUUCUUUUCUGAAUUUGUCAAUGUAACCAAUUAAAUGACAGUUUUCAUAGUCAAGCCUUCAUCCACUGUUUGAUUGUGACAAAACACAAUAACUUAUGUUUAUCAUCCUAGUUUGCCAUUAUUGUAAGGGAUUCAUCUCUUUAAAAGAGUGAGCCAUUUACUGAGCUACCUAUGAAUAGAACUGGAUCUAAACUGUAAACCUGGUCCAAAGCAAUUGAAUGGUUUUGACUUGAGUUUCAAUGUUCAGCUGGCUUGUUGUAAACCUCAGUCCUAUUCCUUCCUGAAAACGUCCACUUUAUGGGACUUCUUUCCCCUCUUGUGGAGUUAGAUUUGGCAAUGUGAACGUAUUGUUCAUUUUGAUGUUGUAAAUAGUUGGAAUAGGUUAUUUAAAUGAAUAUUAUUGAAGUAAAUUAGCUUAACAUUAAGCCCUAGAACUGGAAAAUGUUGAGUGUACUUGCUAGAAUGGUUAUUUGAUGGGGCGCAGAUUGUGCAGUGCUGAUUUGGUAUUAAAUCUCGGUGAGGAUGACACGUACCUGUUCUCAGAAACUUCGAAAAUAAACUCCAUUCACUCUAA